AGGUCCUAACGCGGAAAUUCCCCGUACCACAGACUUUUAAGGUUGAUUUAAAAGCAGAAAAUUGAUGAAAUGAUAAGAGAACAUCAGCGAAGGGAAAGUGAAGAUUGCAGAUCUUUGAAAAGUCUUAUCUUUGCUAGAAUCGGAAUGGCUCCUGGGAAAUAUCAAGAAUCCUACUCUUCCCGGUUUUCUAAUUGUAAAUACCAAGUGUUCUUGAGUUUUAGAGGUGAAGACACCCGCAAGAACUUUACCGAUCACCUGUACAAGGCCCUGGUUGAUGCAGGGAUUCACACAUUUAGAGAUGAUGAUGAAAUUCAGAGAGGAGAGAAUAUAGAUUUCGAGCUCCAGAAGGCAAUACAACAAUCAAAAAUAUCGAUAAUCGUGUUCUUCAAAGACUAUGCUUCGUCGAGAUGGUGCCUCGAUGAACUUGUAAUGAUCAUGGAACGUAAGAGGAAUGAUGACUGCAUAGUUUUGCCAGUAUUCUAUGAUGUGGAUCCAUCCCAAGUCGGACGUCAAACAGGGAGCUUCGCUGCAGCAUUUGUGGAACAUGAAAAGAGCUUCAACGAGGAGAAGGAGCGGGUGAGUGGGUGGAGGAUUGCUUUGAAAGAAGUUGCAGAUUUAGCUGGAAUGGUUUUAGGAGAUGGGUACGAGGCACAGUUUGUCCAAUCUAUUGUGGAGAAGGUCUCAAAGAAAUUGGAUCAAAAAAUGUUUCAUGUACCCCUUCAUUUCAUUGGAAGAGAUCCUCUAGUAAAUUAUAUCAACUCAUGGUUGCAAGAUGGGUCCCAUGAUGCUGCCAUUGUUAUACUCUAUGGAAUUGGUGGAGUUGGGAAGACAACCAUAGCAAAGAGUGUUUUUAAUCAGAAUAUUCAUAAAUUUGAAGGAAAGAGCUUCCUAUCAAAUUUUAGAUCAAAGGAUAUAGUUUGCCUACAGAGGCAACUUCUUUCCGUCAUCCUAAAAAAGACUGUCGUUGAGAUAAAUGAUGAAGAUGAAGGAAUUCUGAAGAUUAAGGAUGCAUUAUGUUGCAGAAGAACUCUUAUUGUUCUAGAUGAUGUGGACAAAAGGGACCAAUUCAAUAAAAUCAUUGGCGUACAAAAUUGGCUUUGUAAAGGAAGUAAAAUCAUUGUAACAAGCAGAAAUAAGGCUCUUGGAUUUAUUGGCUCUUCUUUGUCCGGAAAAGGAAGAGAGAUAUGGGAAAGCGCAUUACAACAAAUGGAAGUGAUUCCUAAUUUUGAAGUUCAAAAGGUUCUUCGAAUAACUUACGACUUUCUUGAUAAUUAUCUGAUGAACUUAUUCCUUGAUAUUGCAUAUUUCUUCUAUGGAAUGGAUGUGGAUGAUGCAGUUAGGAUACUGGAUGGGCUCGAUAAAGGUGCAAGAUUUGGGAUUGACAAUCUCAUCGAUAGAUGUCUUGUUGAAAUCAACAUUGAUCAAAGGUUGUGGAUGCAUCAACUAGUAAGAGAUAUGGGAAGGGAAAUUGCUCGUCAAGAAUCACCCAAAUGUCAAAGAAUAUGGCGCCACGAGGAUGCUUUUGCAGUUUUGAAAGGAACUACUGAUGCUGAAAAAUUGCGUGGCCUUACCCUGGAUAUGCGUACAUUAAUGGAAGAUGAUUAUGCAAAAGUUGUUUGUACCAGUUCAAUUGUUCGCCGCAAGCUCGCCAGGCUUAACUUCUUUCAACAAAGGCUUUCUGACUUUUCUGAUGGGAGAAGUUUACAAACUAGCCAAAAAAGUUUGUUUUCCAUCCUCAGUACCGAUGCUUUUAGAAAGAUGCCAGAUGUAAAAUUUCUCCAACUAAAUUACACGAAGUUCUAUGGAAGUUUUGAGCACUUCCCUAAGAAUUUGAUAUGGUUAUGUUGGUAUGGAUUCUCUUCGAGAUCCAUACCAAAUCAUGUAUGCUUGAAGAAGCUGGUGGUUCUUGAUCUAUCCAGAAGCUGUCUAGUUGAUGCUUGGAAAGGCAAACCGAACCCCAGACUUCUCGGGUCUCCCAGCCCUUGAAAAGCUAAUACUUGAAGACUGCAUUCGUUUGGUUCAAAUUCAAGAAUCUAUUGGUGAUUUAGAAAGACUGUUGAUCUUAAAUCUAAGAAAUUGUACAAGUCUUAUGGAGCUUCCAGAAGAAAUGAGUAGAUUGAAUUCACUUCAAGAGCUGGUUUUAGAUGGUUGCUCAAAUCUUGACAGCCUGAAUAUGGAGUUAGAGCAUCAUCAGGGGCGCAGCUUGCUUCAAAGCGAUGGAAUUGUUGCAAGUACAUCAUACAUUACAUCUCUUCCAUUGAAGCUAUUCUUUCCCUCUAGGUUUUCAGCGAGGAAAAUGUUGAGAUUUACCUUGUUUUCACUGCCACGCUCCUUAAGGAGACUAGAUUUAAGUGGCACAACAAUUCGUUCUCUUCCAGAAAGCAUCAAGGAUCUUGGUCUACUCAUUGACCUAUAUUUAAGAAAUUGCAAAAUGCUUCAGACACUCCCAGAGCUUCCAUCCCAUUUGUGGUUGUUAGAUGUGUCCUUUUGCUAUUCAUUGCUAAGAAUUCCAAGUGUAGACCGUUGGACUAAAGCAAAUGGUUAUGAUCAAUUAGUCGAGUUCCAAGAUUGGAUGAAGCAAGAAUCAAUCCAAAAGUUCGACUCACACAUGUUCAGAAUAAUGGAAAUGGUUAGUGCUCAAAUACAGCCAUCGAGAUUUCAGAUCAUAUUUAUAGAUGACAUAUUCAAAGUUGUCGUCCAUGUAUUUGAUGAAGAUGAGAAGUUAAGGGGUUUUUAUGAGGAGGAAGAAGAGGAUAAAUGGCUAAUUCAGAAAGAGUUUGUAGAUAACUUUUCUUUCAAAAUAUCCUCACCUGAGACGCACCGGAUAUGUGGCUUUAAUCUGUUCACAGGGUUUUGUACGAUGUCAGGGUAUAGUCGCUGUGAUCCUUUUUAUAUUGAAAUCAGAAACAAUACCAUUGGUCGAUCCUUGAUUUGUCAAGCCCAUAUCUUCCCUGUGAGAUCCAAGCGUGGUGUUCGUGAAAUCCAAUCGCUAAUGCACAUGAAAUUAGGGGUCGAUGAUCCUACAUUUGAUAAUGGUGAUGACGUGAGUAUUUCAGUGCUUCCACUUGAUCCAAAUAUUCAAAUAAGGACGAUUGGUGUACAAUGGUUGCAUGAAGAGGAAGGAAAUGAUGAUGAUAUCCAAUCAAAGGAUGAAUUUAUCACUGCCCACAACAGUAGCGAUGAUGAUGAUGAUGAUGAUGCACACGUAGCCAAAGUAGAAAUAGCUUCUCGUAUUCUUAGAAAUUAUGAUUGUUCUUUUCGUUCUGAAUUUUAUGAUGGCGAUUUUGCUUGGUGGUUUUUUUGCAAAGAAAGGUCUUGAACUUGUAUUGAUUUAGGAUUCAUUCAGUAGAGUUUUGUGUUUUUAGAUUUCAAGCAUAAAUAAAAUAAAAUAAAAAGCUUGAAAGCUUUUGAAAGAUUGUUUUUCGGAAUUAUCAUGAAAA